CCCCACCCCCGCUGCCGCUCAACAUGCAACAACAUCGGGCCCAUUCUCGCUCCAUGUCGUCACUUCCUCCGGAACCCUUUAUGAUUAUGCGUUCCAAGGCGUUGAAUCGUCGGGUAUGUAUAAAUGUGGGGGGUGUCAAACACGAAGUGCUGUGGCGGACGCUGGAGAGACUCCCGCAUACGCGUCUGGGACGACUUCGAGACUGCAACACCCACGAAACCAUCAGUGAACUCUGCGACGAUUAUUCCCUCAUCGACAACGAGUACUUCUUCGACCGUCACCCUAAGUCCUUCAGUUCCAUUCUCAACUUCUACCGCACCGGCAAGUUGCAUUUGGUGGACGAGAUGUGUGUGCUCGCGUUUAGUGACGACUUAGAGUACUGGGGCGUGGACGAGCUGUAUCUGGAGUCUUGCUGCCAGCACAAGUACCACCAGAGGAAGGAGCACGUUCACGAGGAGAUGCGCAAAGAGGCCGAGUCUCUCCGGCAGAGGGAGGAGGAGGAGUUCGGCGAGGGGAAGUGCGCGCAGUACCAGAAGUGGCUCUGGGAUCUGCUGGAGAAACCCACCACGUCCAUCGCCGCCAGGGUGAUAGCCGUCAUCUCCAUCCUGUUUAUUGUACUGUCGACGAUCGCAUUGACGCUCAACACCAUCCCCAGCCUUCAGGUGAAUGACGAAAAGGGCAACUUUCAGGACAAUCCUCAACUAGCGAUGGUCGAGGCGGUGUGCAUCACUUGGUUUACGCUUGAAUACGUCCUCCGCUUCAGUGCUUCCCCAAACAAGUGGAAGUUCUUUAAAGGUGGCCUCAACGUCAUUGACCUCUUGGCCAUCAUGCCUUACUUCGUGUCCUUGUUCCUUCUCGAGACCAACAAGAACGCGACGGAUCAGUUUCAAGACGUGCGUCGUGUGGUCCAAAUCUUCCGGAUCAUGCGAAUUCUUCGAAUCCUGAAGCUGGCCCGGCACUCCACGGGUCUUCAAAGUCUCGGCUUCACGCUCAGAAACUCUUAUAAGGAACUUGGUCUCCUCAUGCUUUUCCUUGCCAUGGGCGUGCUCAUAUUUUCGAGUCUCGCUUACUUCGCAGAGAAAGAGGAAAAGGAUACUAAAUUCAUCAGUAUACCUGAGACGUUUUGGUGGGCUGGUAUCACCAUGACUACAGUUGGCUAUGGGGACAUUUACCCGACAACCCCGCUGGGGAAAGUCAUAGGAAGUGUCUGUUGCAUUUGUGGGGUCCUGGUUAUUGCGCUACCCAUUCCCAUCAUCGUAAACAAUUUUGCGGAGUUUUACAAGAACCAGAUGAGAAGAGAAAAGGCACUGAAGAGACGGGAGGCCUUGGAACGUGCCAAGCGGGAGGGAAGCAUCGUGUCCUUCCACCACAUCAACUUGAGGGACGCCUUCGCCAAGAGCAUGGACCUGAUCGACGUCAUUGUGGACACAGGCCACAACGUGCCCCAGACUGAUGGAAACAGCACGGAAGGCGAGAGCGCCAGCGGUACCACUGGACGGACGACGCAGGUUGGAUGCUACCGCAACUUCGACCACUUGCCUAGCCGACAUCGCCGAAGCAACUCUUCCCAACCUGCACCGAGUCUUCCUAUAGCAACUGGGCCUGAUGGAGGCUUGAGCAGUCCACCUCCACCGCCCCAGAUGCAACAGCAGCAGCAACUUCUGCUCGACCUGCCCCUGGUGACGCAACUCGGCGACGAAUCACCAGAGGCCCAGACCGACGAGCACCAGCCACUCACGCGCUCUCCAGAGGGCUACACCUCUCCGGACAACAACAAAAAAGUCGACAAGAAAUUCGAGAAACUUGAUGAUUUCCCUAGUGAGUUCGAAUGUUGCUUUUGCACCUCGAAGGAAUUCAAAGAAUUUAUUGAUGCGGAAUAUCUAAUGCCACUGCCGACGAGCGACUUUCGAAACCCAGUGUGUCUCGAGAUGAAGAAACUGAAGAGCGGAUACUGGGCACAAGCGGCUGGUGGCGGCGGCAAUAACGUGCCGAUGAGUAUUGACCUGAGUGGGGCAAAUAAGAUCGGAGCCAACAACAAUAACAACGGAGACCUCGGAAGCGUCGACAGUUCCGACACCUACGCAAGUUGCAACACGCAUCCGUUCCACUCCCAAGGAGACCUUACGUCCGACAUCAUGGACCCAAGUUGUGCUAUAGUGGACCUCGUGCUGGACAGCAAUCUCUAUGUGAAUCCACUGGACAGCCAGAGGAGCACAGACAAUAGUCCACUUCAGCAGCAACAGCAGCCUCUGGUGUUGUCUACUCUGCCGACAAGUAGAGGCAACAUGGGGGUCGUCAAGAAGAGUGCGUCUGGGGACACGGCUCUGCGAAGUCUGGGCGCUUCCCCCAUGGAAGAGUCCUUCAAGGGAUUUGGUGUCGUUGCGUCUGAGAGGGGGAGCAGAGGCAGUCUUAAUGACACUCCUCUUCCUAAACACAGGAAAACGAGGUUCCAGCAGGGUGUUAAGCCUCGGACGAGGUUCGGGGAGCCAGAACGGGCAACGGGAGAUUCCCAGGAGAGCCUUGACACCAAACACCGAGGUUCUAGCAAGAGGUCCAGCUUCAUGUCCACGCGCAGCAUCGCCUCGGCAACAAGACUCAUCAACCAGCAUCUGUUCGGGAUUCAGACCCUCGGAGGUAAGGAAGGAGGCAGCAAAUCAUCACUGUCAGUGGAUUCCAUUGACAGCAGGACAAGUCCUACACUGGAUCAAAAUCGUCGUUCGAAGUCCAUCCUGAAGAAAUCGGACAGUAGCGGACAUCACAGGAACGGACGUUCAGCAGAUCCAGAAACAGAGAAACUGAUUUCGGACAAUACUUCUGGUGCCAGCAUGUCUGACAAUGGUGGUGGGGGGUGUGGUACUGGGCCAGAUUCUGAAUAUUCACCCAACAAACUGCCUGUCCCAGCAGCUACUGUAUCGCCUCCAGCGACACCCGCCAUGGCACGACAUCCUCCAAAGCUACAACACUUUCGUGGCAUAGGGCCUAAAUCUGGUAUGAAACCCCAUGCUCUUCCUAUAAAGUUCGUAGGACUAAGUCAAGAGGGCGACAAGACACGGAGGUUAAAAUCGCCACUCCUUGUGUUGGACGACUUUCUUGGCGGUGAAAAGCACGCUCGAGACGAAGCGGCGGUUGAGAACAAAUACAAGGAAAGACUGGAGGCGGUUGUGGGAGGGUGUGUGUCGGCGCCAGGGGAUGGUGGUUGUUGCGGUGCUGUAGAAAUGGCAUCACCUUUGUACAUAUGCCCCCCGCCACCGCCUGCAGUGGAUGAUCACUCGCCCACCGAGGAGACCAAGUUACUGCUACACCAGACGGCAGUGGAGCUAAUGCCACCUAUCGGGCGACAUCAAGGUGGUGGCGCUGUAGCCGGAAGUGGCGAGCAAAGGACGAAACAGAAGCAGGAGCUACCUACAUCGUAGCAGUCACUGCAGCGGUCAUCUCUCUGCUAUGCCAGAUUCAACUACUAUACGAGUGACGCUGUAAUUUCUUUCUGGUGGUGGAACAAAGUGGUUUGAUAGUCAGCAGAGAGAUGUCACCAGGUACUGGAUAAACAAGACGGCAAGAGAGGUAACAGCUGGUUAACACAACCACAUGUGAUUUGUUUGGAACAUUUUCGAAAAUUAAAUGUGAAAUUAUCUCAGUCAGAUUAACUUCAGUGAUAUGAGGUUUCAUAAGAAAUGGAUGUUUACCCAUAAAGAAACUAUUAAAGCAGAAAACAAAUUAUAGUCUUUUGUAUACAGAAACAAGGCAUGAACAUUCUUCUAGACAUCAUUAUCAUGAUAAGAAUGAAAGAAAACAUCCACUCUGAUUAAAUCAACCUUUUCCAAUUGAAGUUCAUUCCAAAUGUACUAAAUAAAAUGUACCCAUCAGGACUACAAGGCAUAGAAACAAAUCUUAAUGUGAGUGUGCACCAAAGAAGCACUUGUGGUCAUGGCAGGAAAAUGAUUUCUCUGUAAUGGAAAAGGUGUAGUAUAAAUUUAACACAAUAAACAAAUAAUACUGAUGAACACUGCAGAGGCUUGGACAAAGAGAGCUAGUUACUGGAUACAAGAAUGUAAAAGGCCUCUGGUAACUUGCUGUGACACAAAUAAGACUGAAUUACCAGCCAGUUCUGACAAUUACAAGUGAUUAUCAUCUAGGCACUAAACAUUCUUGCCCAAAACUGAGGAACUAUUUUCCAUUUAAAUGAAAGCCUAGGCACAGUCAGAAUGGAAUUACAUCAAAGGAGUAACCUUUUGUAUAACAUACUAAAAUUGGCAAUAAGAGGUUAAAAAUAAUUGUCUGAUUACAAAAUGUGGCUGGUAUUGCUUUAGUUUUAUUUAUUUGUUUGAACAUUGUGCUUUGGACACAUUCUCACAUGUUUGAUACACAAAUAGUUAUUAUGGUCAUAUUCCAAAAAAUAUGAAGUGCCGUAAGAAGUGUUGGAAGACUGCAAUUGAAUGAGAAUUUUAUGAUUCACAAGUGAAAAUCUGCCAACAUUUUUUGACUGGAAUGGAUGCUAGAUGCAAAACCUGGAGAGACUUACAUAUACACAGUAAACAAUCAAUACAGUCCCAGGUAGUGAGAUCUGUUAUUAUGAAAUUCAUCUGACUGAAACAAAAUAUCUCCAUUGUUCAAGAACAUAUGAAAUCUAAAACAUUCUGAUUGCAAGCAAUAUUAUUGAUGGCAAAGCAUUAUUUUAGUAGUGUUGUUAAUGGUUGCAAAAGAAAGGGAAGUUUGCAAAAGCUUAUUUCUGCCUGUGAUUCUUUUUUGUAAUAAACUAAUAAAAGUGACCAUCAUUAUAUGUUUUUGGUGAUGUGAAUAGUUUUAAAACUGGCAACUUAUUGUCUAGUGUACUUGUUUUGACAGCAACACUUUCAACAUGACUCCUUUCCGUUGUAUGAAAAAAAGACGUGUGAAAUUUAAAAAAUAUGGUCAUGUGGUUGGUGAUUAUGGAUGACAGAAAAAUUGUAAUGAACCACACCCAGAAACAGAAAAUACUGUAGGAAAUAUGAACCUUAGUGAGAUUUAUAGACAGAGUUACCACUUGCAAGUGAAAUAAUAUGUGCUCAGAUUUUUCAUUGAGGAAGUUUGUUGCAAGUACUCAAUUUGCAUAUAUUGAUCUCAAACCUGUUUUGUGAUAACCACUUCUAAGACAGUGACAUUAAAAUUUAGUAAAUUUUUCCUUGCACUAUGACAAACUACGAUUGCCAAAUUUGGUUCAAAUUAUUCAGUUUUAAAUAUCUGACUAUCAAGUAUGUAGUGCAAUUAAGGCAGUAUAUCUUCCUGGCAUGAUGAUGUAGUUAUGUUAAAGACUGAUGAAGGAUUUACAUUUCUGCAUACUAGAUAUUUUAUAUUUCACAGAUAGCAUUUAUUAUAUACAAAAUUCUGAGUAAUAUCAAUAUUUUAUUCUUGCUGAAAAUGACCUUUGAUAAAACUGCUUACUUCUAUCUAAUCGCAUUCUUCUACUUAAUUUUCAUUUGCUUGAUCCAUUCUGAGAGAAUUAUUAAUGCAUUGCACACUUUGGUUCAAUUCCUGGCAGGCACAGGAAUUUUUGUCUUCUCCAUCAUGUCCAGACUGACUGUGGGAUCCACCUUGAUUCUUAUCCAUUGAGUACCAGAUUUGAUAAGAAAAUUCUACAAAUGUAGACAUCAUAAUUAGUGCCAGCAACAUAAGAACUGUUAAAAUUUCUCAGUAAACUGAAGCAUAAGAAUGAAACAGAUGGCUGUCUUCUGGGUUGUGCCGUGUAGUCUGGUAGAAUAUUACCAACAUUUCAGAGGUCCGUGCUACCUCUAUCAUCAGCGUGAUGACGGUGCUACAAGUCAGAAGACAGCCCUGUUCAUACUCAGUGCUGUAAAAAUUUCAAUUCCUAUUCCAGCAAGUACAACUGGAAAAUAAAUAUGAAUAGUUGCAAACCCUGUUGACAGUAUAUUAACCAUGUCUGUCUGCUACGGUAAAAGAAUGCAGAGAAAAGCUCAUUAAGAAAUACAGCAUAUAUUUUUCUAGUCCCAUUGCAAUAUAAUAGUGUUAUAUGAUUUGAAAGAAAGCAAUAAUUAUCUUUACUGUUAUUUCAGGCAAAGCUGUUCUCAGGUUGGUAAGGAAGGGAUUAUUUAUUUACUAGAGUAACGGCAGAAACUGAGAAAAUCAGGUAUUUUAUGCAAGGAUUUUAUUUAAUGGUCCUUCUCAUUGACGAGGUCGAUAAUGUGGGAAAAACAGCCGGUGUUCUUCCAAGAUUCUCUAGGAACUGCUGCUGUCAUAAAUAUGUGAUGUUCUUUUUCAGCUGUUUUCCUCCACUUCUUCUGUUCUACUGUUUUCUCAUUGGGCAAAACUAAGGAACACAUUAAUUUGUUAUAUCAAAAUAUAUUGAAAUAAGUCCACACAGUGUCACAACCUAGGAAAGAAAUAGGGUUUUGGGAGUGAGGGGUAUUUUGUAUUUAUCUGGCUGAGAACAGGGACCAGUGGCUCUAAUAAACAUAAUUAACCUUCAUAUUUCAUAAAAAAACAAUAAAAUCCUUCAAUCUGACAGCUGGCUCUACAGGCUCCAAACCCCACACAGAAUAUGCUUCCUGUUAUUUUUCUGUUUGGUUUUUCUCAAACUGUCGGUCUGCAUAGAGCAAGGAAAACUUACAGAUGCAAUGAACCUGAAUGAAACCUACAUUAAUUAUGUAAAGCUUAUGCCAGUAGCGACUAUUUGUAUCACCGAUGAUAUUUGACUAAUACGUUUGGAACUGUGGUUCCAAAACAGUAUGUAUAAACAGUAAAUUCAUAAAAUUUGGUCAUCAUUUAUUUUGAAUUUGAAAUUUUCCUAAAGAGCAUUUAUUUUUAUAUACUUGGGUGGGAAAUUACAGGAAAAAAAAAAGCAUGUGACAAUGUUAUAGGCUCAAAUUAUACAUAUAUGCUUGUGAGCCAAUUAUUCCUUCAUUUAAUAUGUGAUUCCAUAAAAGAUUAAUUUUUAGUAUGUACGUUUAUAAUUUUAUUGGGACUUAUUAAUAGUAAUAAGUGUACAAAAUUUGUAUAUAGAUAUUUAGAAAGCAGGAAUAGUUUGCAGUCAGGUUAAAUUGAAUCUGUGGAGCAGAUAUUGCAACUCUACAGUCAUAAUCUCGUGGUGAUGUUACACUGUAUUUUAUAUUGUUACUGUUUUAGAUAUAAGAAAUGGUGGUCCUUCAGUGGGCCAGUUAUACAUACUAAAAAGUUGAACCUGUAAAUAAGUAAUUCAGGUUACAAUGAUAUGAUAAAGGAGAUAUCUACGUUCUGGUAUGCUCAUAGUUAGAGCACACUAGAGCACUAUUUUCUAUUUUAAUGUUUUCAGAGGGCUCAUCUUUGAAACAUUCAGUAAUAGAAAAUAAAAAUUACUCAUUACAUAAAUUAAAAACAUUUGGUUUUCUAACAAGAAUAUGAAUGCAAGGAGCAUAAAAUGCAUAAUUUAUGGACUGUUGUGAGUAUUCUAAUGCCAAAAUUAUGUUAGGAUAGAAUUAUAUUUCCUUGUGUAUAAAUUAAAUUCAGCUUCACAGUGUGAAGUAAAUGGAAGGAUUAGAAUGAAGCUAGUUCAGGGUGGUGUUGUUGAGUUCAAAGAGUUGGUGCUAUGGUUACUAGGACAGUUGGGCACAGCUGGUAAAUACAACAGAGUUGUUAUUCAUGUUCCAUUCAAGGCCACUACAUAGCAAGUAAUAUUAUUGCUGUCAAUAGAAACAUAAUACACUAAAUUCUUUGUACAUACAUAUUAUAUGUUGAUUACAAGUGUUAUGUUCCAUAGUAGAUUUCCCCUAUAAAAUGACUGUGUGCAUGGGUAAAGGAUGGAUGUUUGCACAUAACAGUGACAACAAAUGCACCUUGUUCAAGUAAAUGCCAUCAGUUGUCUGGUAAGUCCAUUGUUGUUUUACAUCAUGAUACAUAAACCUCUUGCAUACAUGUUUUGGUAGUGGCUGUUUUACCCUGAACCAUAUCUCAUGACAUUGUAUGAAGAUUACACAACACUGAAAAACAAUCUUUAAAAUUAUAAUAAAUUUUACCAAAAUUAUUAUGAAUAUUACUUAUAAAAGAAAGUAACACAACAUAAAACACAAACACAUGUCAUGUCAUGAAUAUAUUUGUUAAGUUUUUUCAUAUGUAUUACAAAUUCUUGUUAGUUAUAAUAUGUAAUAUAAAGUUCAUAAGUGUGAUAGGCGUCUUUGUAAAAAUGGUAGCAGCUUGGAUAACAAUUCCCAUCUGCCUCCAUUUUCAGUCAUACAAUAAAUAAAUAAUUAAAUAAUAAAUUUAAAAAUAAUAAUAAAUGA